AUAGGCGUGUAAAUUCUCUUUUUAAAAUGUGUCAGUGUGAAGGCUGUUGCUCGACUUAAAUAAGAACAUUAAACUGAAGGAAAAUUAAUUUCAGGCUGGUGGAAAAUAUAAGUUGGUGGGGGGGGGGGGAAAGGUGAAUGUUUUCACGUCCUGAAGUUUACGGACCUCCUGAAAUGUGGUUUAAUGGCACAGCAGCACACAUGAGGGCUGGAGCCUUUAUUGUCUUUACAAUGACCUGCUUUGAUUGUACUCUGAUACAUGCUGUAUAAUAGGACGGGUCCCUUUACUUCGGUUUCGCUGAGAACGAUCACACAGGUUGUGCUCCUCGGUGCCCGUAUCGUACGCUGAGGUUCUGUUUCGGUUCUGAGCAGGGUGACGCUGAGCAUUGUCUCCAAAGUCCACAUUUCUGUCUCCUUAGGUGGCAGAUAGAGGUUAUGAUUUGGAUAAACCAGCCUGCAACUGUGGAGAGGAAAACAAAAAUCAAAAAGCUUCCAGGAGUGCGGCGUGAUAUUGAGACCGUGUCGGCCGGGCGAAGAAGAGCUCAUGGACCGCUACAGGUACUUCAUCUUCAACCAGCGCAGCAUGGUGGUGCUCGGCGUCCUGCAGAUGGCCUGCGCGGGUCUCUGCGUGGUCUGUGGCUUCAUGGACGCCGCCUUCCGGAAGAACACGACCCUGAGCAGCACCAGGGCGCCACUGUGGGCGGGGAUGAUAAUGGCUCUUCCGGGGGUCCUGGCCUUAUUUUCUUCCCAGAGGAAGAACCCAACACUGGUGAACACCACGAUCGCCGUGUCCGUGCUGUCCUGCUUCACCACCCUCAUCGUGGCCGUCUACGCCAUCCUGACCCUGAGCUACGGCGAGGAUGAUGACGAGCUCUUCCAUCCCAGUCACCUCGAGAUCCCUAAGGCGAAGUUCAUCUUGAGCCGGAUGGUGAAGGGGGCCAACGCCACCAUGCUGCUGUCGUCCUGUGGGAGCAUCCUGCUGUGCGUAGUCAUCGCCCUCGUGGGCUGCCGCAGCCUACCUGCCUGCGGGUGCUAUGACAGUACCACGGGGAUGGAGGCCCUGGUUUCCCAGGACGUGUCCAGUGUGCAGACGGAGUUGAGCUGCACGUGGAAAGCAGGAGGCGAUGACAGGCUCUUCAACUCCCCAGUGCGUGGAGAGCGGUGGUGGCGGCGGGAGGAGGAGCAGGAGGAAGAGGACCCUUCUAAACCCCCUCCUUACAUCAGGCUGGCCUGAACGAACUCUCACACGUAAAAAUUAACAUACGCUUUCCGAAACUUUCAUGGGACCGGGAGAACUGUUUUAUAUAACCUCCAGAAAGAUGCCAAAGAAACGUACAGG